GUUAUUGUAUUGCAUUAAUUUAGCUAAUUAAUUGUAAUUUGUUAACAUACUCAUUGUUUAUUCAUAAAAAAUAAAUAUUCUAAGAUUUCUUCAAAUGAUUUAGCGUGCGCGCGAGGUUAAAAUGAGUAAUAUUUACAUUCAAGAACCGCCCGCCCUAGGAAAGGUGCUAUUAAAGACAUCAGCGGGAGAAAUAGACAUAGAGUUAUGGACAAAGGAGGCCCCCAAAGCGAGCCGCAAUUUCAUACAACUAUGUAUGGAAGGAUACUAUAAUGGCACAAUAUUCCACCGAGUGGUUCCGGGCUUCAUAGCCCAGGGAGGCGAUCCAAAUGGAGACGGUACAGGCGGAGAAUCCAUCUACGGAGCACCUUUCAAAGAUGAGUUCCACACCAGGCUCCGGUUUAACCGGAGAGGUUUAGUGGCCAUGGCUAACGCGGGGAAGGAUGACAACGGCUCCCAAUUCUUCAUAACCCUCGGGGCUACUCCGGAGCUGCAGAACAAGCAUACCAUCUUUGGGAAAGUCACCGGUGAAACCAUAUACAACGUGCUAAAAUUAACAGAAGGUCUAAUAGGCCCCGACGACCGCCCAGAGCACCCACAUAAGAUCACUGGAGCCACGGUGAUUAUUAACCCAUUUGAUGACAUCCAACCGCGGGUUGCGGCCCCUAAACCCGUUGAGAUCACUAGAAAGAAGAAAGAGCGCGCAGCGGCUGUUAAAAACUUCGGUUUGCUGUCGUUUGGCGAAGAGGCAGAGGAAGACGAGGGUGAGGCGAUGGAGUACAGAGGGAAGCCCAAAUCUACCCACGACCUGCUAGAGGACCCUAAACUCAGUAAAAUGACUGCGGCCGAACUAGAACUAGAAGAACAAAACAAAAAAGACAAACCGCUAACUGAAGAGGAAAUAAAUGAGAAAAAAGAGGAAACAGCAGCCACCGUGUCCAGUAUAAGAGAUAAACUUAAGAGGAGAAGUCCAGAGAGGGAGCGUAGCGGCAGUCCCGAGGGAAAGAGACGGAAGAGUGAGAGUGAGGAGGAGGAGUAUUAUAUUGGAAUGGAAAGGGAUAAGGAGAGGAGAAAAGAGAGAGACAGAAUAAGAAAUGAAAUAAAGCAAUUGAAAAAAGAAAUGAACGCGCCCAAAGACAAACAGGAGUCGAAAGAAGAACAGAAAGAAGAUAAAAAGAAAAUUAAAGAAGAUAACGAAAUGUACAAGGAUUAUGUCGACGAACAGGAGAAAUAUAAGAAGAUGAAGGAGAAAUUACCGAAAAAAGGAGCUGCCAGAAGCAGACGUACGAAAGUAUCAAGAAAACCGUUCAAAAAGAAACCUUGGGUCAAGAAUUUAUACGAGAACCGAGACUAUCCUGACAACUAUACAGAUUCCAAAUUCCUGGAAGAACUAAGGAAGAAUGUAUUCGUAGAAAAAGUUACUUUAAAACAAGCUGUAGAAGGCUCAUUUCGGGUUGUAUUAAGGCUGUCUAUAUGCGUAUUAUACGCAGUUCUUUUCACUUACAUGUAUAACGAUUGGACGCACACAUAUACAGUUAUAAAUGUAGCUAUAACUUUUACUAUAUGUAGUUAUAUCUUAUAUUUAAUCGUCGAAGGUAGCGAAUUACUUAGCAAUUUAAAAACUGUGCUAGUAUACCUAGUUAUAGGUUACCUAGUAUCACCAAUUUUACAUACUUUGACAGAUACUGUCAGUACUGACACAAUUUACGCUUGGGCUGUCAUUAUGAUGUUGGUACACAUGAUUUUCUUCGACUACGAAGUACAUAUAGCAUUAGUGUCUAAAUCUCUGUCAAUAAACGCCGCCAUCUUUGGCUCUGUGUGUUUAGCGUCACGGUUGUCAACGCCGUUUGACGCGUUCGUGCUUUUGACAGUUUCUGUCAUUUUUUUCGUUUUGAGCCCGCAACUUUUUAAAGUUUUACUAAAAACCAAGUUAUUCUUGCCUUUAUGUGUUUUUACAGUAUUUUUGACGAUUUUUAGUUUAUACUUAGUUUCGAUAACGUUAUUGUAUUAUUUUGUCAUUUUGGUGUGUAUUUUGACAGUUUACUGUCCUGUCAUGUUUGUCAAAUGGCAGAAAUAUAAGGAUAAUAUUUAUGGGCCGUGGGAUGAGGCUGUCAUAAAUGAUUCCGAUGAUUUAGAUGAAUGUUUGAAUGAAUUUAGAUGAUAAUAUUAAAAUAAUUGCAGUAUUUUUACGACCGGUCUGGCAUAGUGGGUAGUGACCCUGCCUAUGAAGCCGAUGGUCCUGGGUUCGAAUCCCGGUAAGGGCAUUUAUUUGUGUGAUGAGGGAUGUAUAUAUUAUACUAUACCCAUAUUACAAGUCUUCUUGAGCUUACUGUGUUAGUCAAUUGUUACGGGCUUAGUCAAUUUGUGUAAUAAUGUCCAAUAUUUAUUUGUUAUUUAUUUAUGUAUUAUUUUAAUUUAGUUUUAAAAACACUUUUAACCUUUUGAACGCCACGCCUAUCGUACGCGGCGCGUAAUCAUGAACCUUGUCGGUACGCAUGAAGGUUGAUAUUGGGCUGUAGCCGCGCGCGUCAUACGUCGUCUUUGGCGAUCAAAAUGUUAAAGUUCGUGUCAUUCACGAAGACGCUUGUCUUGACUCGUAAUGUCAUGUAAUUAAAGGUUAGAUUUGAUAAAUGUACACGUCAUCGUGGAUAACACGAACUAUAUCUACGAUUAACGCACACAAAAAUAUAUUUGUCUAAAGUAAGAACGCUAAGUACAAAUAAUUUAGUACAUUAACCAUCUAUUUCCUAUAUCCAUCGCAUGCACGUAAUUACGAAUAUAUUGCUGUCCCGCUCUUGAUGCCGGCGGUCAGUACCACUGCACAAGCGGGACAGCGAUAUAAUUGGGUACUAGACACAUGUUGAAUAUUAUAACAAAAUUAAGCUAAAUUGAUAGAAAAUGAGCCAUCCAUUAUAAAUAAGUGGAAUUUAAAAAGACAUAUUAAGAUAAUAAAAUAAUAUAAGGCACCAAAGUCUCAAAAAAAAACGAAUAAUCAUUCAUUUAAAUAAACCAUAUAUUUUUUUAAUUUUCAAAAAGAAAAACCAAUUUGGUACCAUUCGAUUCCUUACAUUUUAUGGAAAAAUAAAUUGUACGACAACUAUAUACAUAAACGUAAUAUUUCAGGGUCAAAAUAACAAUUUUCUUAAUCUUCCAUACAUUUAGGACAGACUAAUGUAAUGUGACGUCACAUUACAAUAUCAUUUUGUUAGAGGUAUUUCAAUCGUCGAGUGCGAGCGUCAGACUUUAACUCUCAUUUCUGAUCUUUGUGUUGCUUAAAUGCCAUGAGUCCUAUAUAGACAUUUGAUCCUCAGGAAAAUCAAGAUCAAUUGACAUUAUUUACAAAUAACUGUCAAGUAGCUAAUUACGCGUGCGACAGAGAAAAGAUAUGGAGGUUCAAAGUACGAAAUUCUUCUUGCUUAGCGUUAUUACUUUACUCCAGUAUUUAGGUUUAACAGGAUAUAUUUUACGAUAUAUUGUCUGUCGUAUUCUAUUGCCGUUCAAAAUCCUGUAUCAUUAAUGAUAUUAUUUCAUAUAACUUUUCACCACAGUUUUUUUUUAUUUAUAUUUGUAAAUGAUGCAACCGACGUGCAUUCUUAUAUUUAAAUUAUGUUAUUUCGCUGUCGAACGAAAAAUAUUGUUUGCAACUGUACAUAAAUAAGCCUUAAAACACGAGUAGGGUUUUAUAAAACUAGCGAAGCGAGUUUCAUAAAAAGAUCACACGGGUAUAUCAGUUCAGUUGCAUAACCUACUUAAGUAUUAUUUUACAAUACCUAGCUAGUUUAAAAUGGAUACCAUUAUUUAAAUUGUAAUGAAAUCAUGACAUGUUACUUCAAAAAUAAAAUGGUUUAUUUUUUA